AUGGACUAUGAAGCGUUGAAGGACCAAUGGAGCGAUGUCGAGGACCGUGAUGGAAUCAGACUCAGCUGGAACACGUUUCCAAGCACUCGUAUGGAAGCGUCCCGACUCGUGGUCCCCAUUGGUGCUGUUUACACCCCUCUGAAGGAGAAGACCGAUGCCCCGUUGUUGCAGUACGAGCCGGUUACCUGCAAACCGCCUUGCCGGGCUGUUCUGAACCCCUACGCCAAUGUUGACGUGCGCGCUCGCAUUUGGAUCUGUCCCUUCUGUCUUAUGCGCAAUCCUUUGCCGCCUCACUACAAGGAUAUCACCGAAAGCACGAUACCUCCAGAGCUUCAUCCCAUGAGUACGACUAUCGAGUACCAACUGGCGCGCCCCGCCCCCGCCCCCCCUAUCUUCCUAUAUGUCGUCGAUACCUGCCAAGAAGAAGACAGCCUGAAGGCUUUGAAGGAUUCGCUGAUCAUGAGUCUGUCACUGCUGCCGGCGAAUGCUCUGGUUGGCUUGAUCACAUUCGGUACAAUGGCACAAGUUCACGAGCUCGGCUACACUGAAUGUGCUAAGUCGUACGUUUUCCGUGGAAGCAAGGAAUAUGCUGCGAAGCAAGUUCAGGAGAUGCUGGGCCUUGCCACGGGGCUGCGUCCCAACAUGCCCCAUCAACCCGCCCGCCCUCCUCUUGGACCGGCAGCACGGUUCCUUCUGCCUGUUCAGCAGGCCGAGUUCCAGAUCACCAACGUCCUUGAGCAGAUGCAGCGCGAUCCCUGGCCCGUUGCCAAUGACAAGCGACCCUUGAGAUGUACUGGUGUUGCCUUGGGCGUCGCGGUCGGUUUGCUCGAGACAUCCUUCCAGAACGCUGGUGCGCGCAUCAUGCUGUUUACGAGCGGUGCAGCCACUGAGGGACCGGGUCAUGUUGUUGGACCUGAGUUGAAGGAACCUAUCCGUUCUCACCACGACAUUGACCGCGACAACAUCAAGUACUACAAGAAGGCCAUCAAGUUCUAUGAUAACAUGGCUAAGCGUGCCGCAAACAACGGACAUGUUGUUGAUGUUUUCGCUGGUUGUCUCGACCAAGUCGGUCUUCUGGAAAUGAAGAACCUAUCAAAUUACACCGGAGGACACAUGCUUCUGACAGAUAGUUUCACGUCAUCGCAGUUCAAGCAGUCUUUUGUGCGAGUGUUCGAUAAGGACGGAAACGACAACUUGUUGAUGGGCUUCAACGCUUCCCUUGAGGUUCUCACUACCAAGGAGCUGAAGGUCACUGGACUUAUUGGUCAUGCUGUCUCCCUGAACAAGAAAUCCAGCUCUGUCGGCGAGACCGAGUGUGGUAUCGGCAACACCUGCGCGUGGAAGAUGUGUGGUAUUGAUCCCGCAUCAAGUUACGGUGUCUACUUCGAGAUCGCCAACCAGGGUGGGCCAGCUGCGGUCCAGCCGGGCCCUCAAAGGGGAAUGAUGCAAUUCCUUACCUACUACCAGCACUCCUCCGGAACCUAUCAUCUUCGAGUAACCACUGUCGCGCGGACUCUGAGCGGCCCUGCCGGUGAUCCCACGCUUGCGCAAUCAUUCGACCAGGAAGCUGCUGCGGUUCUCAUGGCACGUAUCGCGGUUUUCAAGGCCGAAGUUGACGACGGUCCCGAUGUGCUCAGAUGGGUUGACCGGAUGCUGAUUCGACUCUGCUCCCGCUUCGCCGACUACCGAAAGGACGACCCAACUUCAUUCCGCUUGGAAAAGAACUUCACCCUCUAUCCCCAGUUCAUGUUCCAUCUUCGCCGAAGCCAGUUCUUGCAGGUGUUUAACAACUCCCCUGAUGAGACGGCUUUCUACAGACAUGUCCUGAACCACGAAGACGUGGGCGACUCGCUUGUCAUGAUCCAGCCGACGCUGGAUUCUUACUCUCUGGAGCAUGAAGGCAGCCAGCCCGUUCUUCUGGAUUCGGCUUCUAUUCAACCUGCCCAUAUUCUUCUUUUGGACACCUUCUUCCAUAUCCUCAUCUUCCACGGAGAGACCAUCGCGGAAUGGAGGAAGGCAGGUUACCAUGAACAGGAGGGAUACGAAAACCUUAAGGUUCUUCUCGAGCAGCCCAAGGAGGACGCUAGGGAACUUAUUGCCGACCGUUUCCCACUGCCCCGGUUCAUUGUUUGCGACGCCGGUGGCUCUCAGGCCCGUUUCCUCUUGUCCAAGCUGAACCCCUCCACUACGCACACGACGGGUGGAUAUGGGGGUGGUGUUACAUCGCAGACCAUCUUCACCGACGAUGUAUCGCUGCAAACAUUCAUGGACCACCUCAUGAAGCUGGCUGUUUCGGGAACUAGCUAG